AUGCAAAACAAAAACAAGAAGCACAAGAAGCACAAGCAGCACAAGAAGCACAAGGACAAGAAGCACAAGGACAAGAAGCACAAGAAGCACAAGCAGCACAAGAAGUACAAGAAGCACAAGCACAAGAAGCACAAGCACAAGAAGCACAAGCACAAGAAGCACAAGCAGCACAAGAAGCACAAGCACAAGAAGCACAAGCACAAGAGGCACAAGAAGCACAAGCAGCACAAGCAGCACAAGCACAAGAAGCACAAGCACAAGCAGCACAAAGCGGCAACUCACAACAGACACCAACGCCGCCCGGGCGCGUAUGGCAAAUCAGUCGCUUGUCCCGCUCGCAUGCGUGCGUUUAUAGGUGGGCGCCGCAUCCAGCGAUGA